AUGUCGAGUUUCUCCUCACCUAUUCCAAUGUCGGAGAUAGAAUCAGUGCUGGCUUGGGUUGACACAUACAAGCUGUCACGACCAACGAAGAAGAUCAAUAGAGAUUUCUCUGAUGCCGUGCUCCUUGCCGAAAUCCUCAGUGUGCAUUACCCAAAACUGGUGGAAAUGCACAACUACCCUCCACGCAACAGCCACUCGCUAAAGCUGAACAACUGGAUGACACUCAACAGGAAGGUUCUAAAGAAGCUCAAGCUGAACUUGUGCUGCAACACUAUGGAGCAACUCGCCAAUAACACUCCUGGCGUUAUAGAGAGGGUACUCAUAAUGGUGCGUGACAAAAUACGAUGUGACGAAGAUGCGAACAAGAGUAUGAAGGACAACGAGCAGAAUUUAUCAAGUGGCGGCAGUUACUAUGAGGCGUGUGGAGAUGAUGAGCACGUACUGGUUGUACCACUAAAGACCAGAGUGAAUGGAGUCUUUGAGACUGUACAGCAGAAAGUCGUCAGCCAUAACUCUUAUCUGACGUUAAAGGAAGAGCUCAAGGAUGCGAAGGAGGCCGUCGAUGUACUCAGACAAAAGGUGGAUCAUCUUGAUAGUUUGUUAAAACUAAAAGAUGAAAGAAUAGAAGAAUUACAGAAGCAACUGGAGAGGAAACAAACAAGACGCAAGGAAGUAGAAGCACUGCAAAACAGUUUAUCAGUACCUUUCGAUACUUCCUCACCACCAUCUCCAAAAGAAAAGGAUGAAGUCCUCAUACUCCCAGUUAAGACUGCAUCAACCAAAAUUUUAGAGGUUUCUAAAAUUCCUAGACUUGAAGAAUCAAAAAUACUCAAGCUAGAUUUGACCAAAUCACUUUCAAAACCUAUAAUUGAUAUGAAUAAAUACAAAUCCGUUGAUGAAUCAAAUUUGCGAAUUGACAAAAUAAAAAUUGACGACUGUAAAGAAAUAGAAAUUAUUGAAAUGAAAGGAAAGGAUUUGCAAGACUUAGAAGAAUUUAAAGACAGUGUAGGAGAUGUCAUAUUAGGUGCGGAGACUUUAAAUCAUGCCGACGUUGUUAGUGAUUUUAUAGAGAAUGCACCCGAAGUUAGUAAUUGA